AUGGCGCCCACCACAUACUGCACCCGAUCGAGUUCCUCCACCUCCACCCUCACACAAGAGGAGCCCACGCUCGGCGCAUCUUCUGGCUCCUCCCUCCACCUGGAAACCGACCGCGCGCGACAGAGGAGACGGCACUCUUCAUACAAUUCCCGCUCGUGGUCCGCAGAGCGCGAAAAUGCACAAAUCGCCGUCGACCGAUUCCUGGGCGAUUUAGGCCGGAGAUUGGAGAUGCUGGAGACAUACGGACAUCUCAAGCUUGACUCGAGCAUCCAAAGUGUCCAUGAAACUUUGCGUUCCGUCCACGAUCGAUGUCUUUCCGUAUCAGACGAUAUCUUAGACGCAGGACGAAGGCGGCAUAAAGUCUUGGUGGACACGCUCGAGCUACACUACCGCGAUGCUCUCACAAAGAAGGACACCCUUGAGCAAAAGGUGACAGAAGGCGUCAAGAUGCUGGAGCAGAGUCUAGCUGCGUUGGAGAAGCGAGCAUAUGAUAUGCGCAAAGCUGGACUGUCAGCCACCGCGGGCUCCAUGUUCGACUCCAGUUUGGCCUAUAUCGACGAGACGACUUCCAAAGCAGGAGAUCUUCUUUCAGAAGGUGCCGAUGCUGCUCGCCGAGCGAAGGAUGCCAUGAAGGUGAAGAUCGACGCUGCAAUCGCCCAAGCUCGCUCACACGGCCUCAUAACGUACGAGAUGCUCCCGGAACCCUGGCGUGUGAAUCCUCAUAUCAUGACUGGCUACCGCUUUUCCGAGACCAAGCUGGACUGCAUUCGAUCUUGCUUUACCAUCUCAAACGAGUUCUUCAACAUCUGGUCACACGCUAUCGGUCUGGUACUCAUGCUAGCGAUAGCGUUCUACUGGUAUCCCAGCACACCAGCAUUCACCGACGCAACCAAAUUCGACAUAGUCAUUGCCGGGGCCUUUUUCUUCGCUGCAUGCAAAUGUCUGGUCUGUAGCACCAUGUGGCAUGCCAUGUCUUCGAUUUCCAACCAAACAUUGAUGGAGCGUUUUGCUUGCGUAGACUAUACUGGCAUUUCUCUCCUUGUUGCCGCAAGCAUAAUGACGACGGAAUACACUGCCUUCUACUGUGAACCAACAUCGCGCUGGAUCUACCUCUCGACGACGUUUGCCCUUGGUAUCGCCGGGAUUAUCCUUCCCUGGCACCCGACCUUCAAUAGGGCCGACAUGGCCUGGGCGCGAGUGGGUUUUUACGUUACUCUAGCGGCUACUGGAUUCGUGCCGGUCGGCCAGCUCACCUACGAGAGAGGAUGGGAAGCGACUGCAUUCUUCUACGCGCCAAUUGUCAAAUCGAUUUCCGUGUAUCUCGGCGGAGCUGUCCUCUACGCAGCCAAGAUUCCGGAGCGAUUCCUCCCCGGCUGGUUUGAUUACGCAGGCGGGAGCCACAACAUCUGGCAUAUGGCGGUCUUGGGGGGCAUUCUCUUCCAUUACUCUGCCAUGCAGAGUUUCUUUAAAGUUGCAUACAGCAGGGCAGAGGUCGGUUGCUCGAUGUAUUGA